UGAAAAUCCAAUCCCAAAGAAAGAAUAAAGAUAGGGUAAAUCACCACCAGGGAGGAACUUAGUAUCCCAUUUUUCACAGGCUGACUAGUCUUGCUACUUUUCUUCUUGCCUUCAACCAUUUUUGGAUAUUAUUCAUGGAUAAAUUAUCCCUCCAUGCAAACAGGCUCAGGAUUUGUUAUACUUCAAUUCAGGAGCAUGGAACUUUAUGUGGUUGUUAUAGUGACAGAAACUAUAUCAUUGCAUUCCUUUCGGCUGGCCAAAGGGAAACGGAUGUUAGUAGGAGGGAGGCUUCUCUUGCCGCUACCGUACUCAUUUAUCAUUGCUGCCUGCUGCAACCGUCCACUGUGGCUGCUGCCUGCCGCUCCAAAACCUGACCGGCCUCCUCCUCCGCGGCGUUAGCCUUGUGUUCUUGGAGCUUUCUUUUCCUCGUUUUCUUCUCUUACGACAAGAAAGCCGAACGCGCAAGGGAGAGAUCGAUCGAUCUAUCGAUCGACGAUGGGCGGAGGCAACGCUCAGAAGUCCAAGAUGGCGCGGGAGAAGAACAUGGACAAGAAUAAGGCCUCCAAGGGGAGCCAGCUGGAAUCCAACAAGAAAGCCAUGACCAUCCAGUGCAAGGUGUGUAUGCAGGCAUUCAUGUGUACCACAUCGGAAGUUAAGUGCAGAGAGCAUGCUGAAGCAAAACAUCCAAAGUCAGAUCUGUACCACUGUUUCCCCCACCUCAGAAAAUAGAGAUUGGACACUGAUGUUUCUAUGUGGACCAAAGCUUGGCGGGAAGAUAGCUCUUUAUUUGGCUACAGACCUAUUUGAUAUGGAGCAACAUACAAGAACAAUAGAAGACAGAUGAACCUUAAGAUGUUUUUGGUCCAAAUGUGAUUAACAUGAAAUCCAGAUAAAGGAAUAACUAUAAAAAAAAAACAUUUUGGCAUGUACAUCUAUUUCAUUUCUUUCAAGGUUUGAUUGUUCAGUUGCAGUGAAAUCUUUAGAAAAGCAUACACUUCCCCAUUCUUCCAUGACUUAAAGAUGAGGUCUUGUGCUUGCCAAAGUGCCGUGAAUCUGAGUAUACUUCUUAUGGUAAGCUACCAAAGUGCUGGCCUUCAUGCCAUCAGGUAGAGAUCCGAUACGGAAUCUGAACUCAACAAAGGUUUAGUGCUUCUGAGAGAGCUCAGUAAUUCUUUUCACUGUAUUAUGAUUUACAAUAUCUUUACCUUUAUUUCGUUUGUGUUUUCCAAGCAAUUAUUUGACUGCAGUUGAUAUAUGAUGAAUCCACCAAUUCAGGUUGCUCAGGGUUAGAAAGUAAAUGAAUUGGUAAUCUUCAGAGUUUGGGAUACUGAAUUAAUUGACUGCAGUUGAUAUAUGAUGAAUUUACCAAUGCUGGUUGCUAAGGAUUAGAAAGUAAAUGAAUUGGUAACUUUCACAGUUUGGGUUACUGAAUUCAUACUUACUGCUGGCAGUGGAACUCAGCCUCCUAAUCUGCUUGGAAUUUAGCCAUUUCUUUUCCCAGUUGUGGCUCUUUUCUGCGCUUUUGCUGUUACCCGUAAAAUGAGAGCUGUUCCUCU